UUAGGUAUAAACGUGUUACAAGAAAACAAAACAAUUUCUAUUCUAAUUCAAAUAUCGCGAUAUUUUUAUAUAUUAUGACAAAAAAACAGCUGUGUGUUUGAAAGUGUUGUGAAGUUAGUGCUUAAGUGUAAAAAUAAUCAAUUAAAAGUAGUAACUAGUGUAAUGAUAAACCGAUGUGGAGUACUACGGCCAGAGCUUAAUAGAUUAAAUCGUCAUCACUAAUGUGCGGUGGGGGAACGCGGAUGUUGCGAAGAUGCGCGAGGAGGAGCUGGAGGUGGCGCUUAAGGUGGUGAUAGUGGGCGACGGCGGGGUCGGCAAGUCCAGCAUGAUCCAACGAUACUGCCGCGGGACCUUCACGCGAGAUUAUAAGAAGACCAUCGGGGUUGAUUUCCUAGAAAGACAGAUUGAUAUCGAUGGCGAGGAGGUCCGGCUAAUGUUGUGGGACACGGCUGGGCAAGAGGAAUUCGACGCGAUCACCAAGGCAUACUAUCGAGGCGCACACGCUUGCGUACUAGCCUUCUCCACCACCGACCGAGACUCCUUCCUUGCACUGCAUUCUUGGAAACUUAAGGUGGAGAAUGAAUGCGGAGAGAUUCCUACAAUAAUAGUGCAGAACAAAAUUGAUCUCAUGGAUCAAUGUGUCGUAGGACCUGAUGAAGCGGAAUUAGUAGCGCGAGCGUUGGGCUGUCGGCUCAUGCGGGCGUCGGUAAAGGAAGACGUGAACGUGGGGGCUGUGUUCCGGGCACUCGCCGCGCGCUGUCUCGCCGAUACGCGCCGCGAGCACGCCGAAACGCCACCCGUCUGCGUUGCACCCGUUAUAGGUACUUUUACAAAUCAUAACAGCAACGGCACGAUCCUGCUGCGGCCGACGAAACACCGGCCCGGCGGUAAGAAAAAGAAUGUACUCAAAAGCGCGUGUCGGAUACUGUAAAAAAUAUUACAAACAGACAUUUUUACAUAUAGUUAAUAUAAAUAAAUCCCUCUUCAUUAGGGAAAAAAAGGAAUUGUGUAUAUAAGAUAUCAAGCUAAGCAUACUUUUAAAUUAAAUGAAUAAACCAAUUCUUGCUUAAAAAUUAAUUAAAAAUGUAUAUUAUAAGAAGAUAGAUUUAUUGUUACAAAAAUAUCAUGUAUUAAAAAAGCACAAAAUGUAGUGUAGUGGUCGUGAUAUAAUUGUUAACGUAAAAUAUAACAUAAAAAUAAUUCAUUGGCAUACAAGGUGCUUUGAUGCGUUUAGUUUUGUACAUAAUCUGUAUGUAUAGAUAAGCAGCCAUGUAAAAGUUGAUUUUGAAUCAUUAUAAUAUUUAGUUUUAAGCUAUUUAUAAAAAAUAUUCCAACAUCGAAAAAUAAUGU